CAUUAUCAUCUGCUACUAUUGUGAAUCCAUUAUCUACAUCUCCGUUAUUGUUACCUGCUAAUGUUUCAAUAUUAUGUCAAGCGAAUCAAAAUAAUGGAAAUCAAGAUCAUAAUAAUGAAAACGUUAUAAGUGAAGAAACAGUGAUACAAAGUUAUAUGAUGUCUGAUGAAGAAGAUCAACUCGAGAUAUUGGAGGAUGAAGAAGAAAGUGAUGAGGGCAGCCAAAGCAGUUAUAUAAUGUCUGAUAAAUUGUUUAAUGAAGAUCAACUCGAAAUAUUAGAAGAUAAAGAGAAAGAUGAUGAAGGCAGUCAAGACAGUCAUAUAAUAUAUGACAAACUAUUUAAUAAGGAUCAACUCGAAGUAUUGAAAGAUGAAGAAGAUGAUGAUGAAGAUGUUAUAGCCAUAGAAAAUAUGAAUGGAUCAUCAUGUAAACGCGAAAUGCAAGCAAGAG